CACAUCUCUAUUUUUCUCUCUCUAUCUUGUUCGAUCGCAGUCGUUGCGAGUUCAUGAGAUGAGGGAGAAGACUAAUCUAAUGUCCCUGAAAUGUGAAUGUUAACGUAAAGUCAGCAAAGUCUGUUUCUUCAUUAUUGUUAUAAAACAAGAACCCACUUUCUUUUCUGCCCUAAACCAUUGGAAUUUAAAGCCUCAGCACUGAGAAACUGAGGCCUCACCACCAUUCCGAAACUCUUCUGCUAAUCUGCUCCCCAGUUGACUCAUCGAUUACUUGUUCUUCUAUAAUGGACUCCCUAUUGAUUUCCCGCUGAGAUGUUCUCGGUCAGACAAUAUUGCAGAUUGAGAAAGUAGUCACCAUGUUUCGGUGGAGGACUUCUCAUAAUUCUGAGGAGAAUGAUUCUGUGCAGAAGGAUGAGAAGGUCAAUGAACUAAGGACUGCUAUCGGACCACUAUCAGGGUGUAUUUUACAGUACUGUACUGAUGCAUGCCUAAGGAGAUAUUUGGAGGCUCGAAAUUGGAAUAUUGACAAGUCAAAGAAAAUGUUGGAAGAAACUCUUAAGUGGAGGUCAUCCUAUAAGCCUGAGGAGAUCCGCUGGCAUGAAGUUGCAAUUGAGGGUGAGACCGGCAAAGUAUACAGAGCAAAUUUUCAUGAUCGGUUUGGGAGGACUGUUCUUAUAUUGAGACCCGGAAUGCAGAACACACAAUCACAUGACAACCAGAUGAGGCAUCUAGUGUACUUGCUGGAGAAUGCUAUCCUUAAUCUUCCUGAUGAUCAAGAACAGACGUCGUGGUUAAUAGACUUCACUGGCUGGUCAUUGAACAACAGUGUGCCCAUAAAAACUGCCCGAGAGACUAUCAAUAUUCUACAGAAUCACUAUCCUGAGAGACUUGGGAUGGCAUUUCUCUACAAUCCCCCGAGAAUUUUUGAAGCAUUUUGGAAGGUUGUAAAGUACUUCCUGGAUCAAAAAACAUUUGAGAAGGUGAAAUUUGUCUACCCCAAGAACAAAGAGAGUGUGGAACUCAUGAAAUCAUAUUUUGAUGUGGAUGAUCUUCCAACAGAACUUGGGGGGAAAGUCGAAUUGCAAUACAACCAUGAGGAAUUCUCAAGAUUGAUGGCCCAAGAUGAUUUAAAAACUGCUACCAAGUGGGGAUUAGACAAUAAACUUCACCACAGCGACAAUGGGUUUUUGGGAGCAGCAGACGUGGCUCCAGAGCCUGCACCUCUUGCCCCGCCAGCCAGCUGAGGCAGCUCAUCCCAACCUUGGAGCACAGUUAUGACAUAAUGUAUGAAGUUACAGUAUUUUCUAUGUACUAGCCACUUUUUUAAAGGCUUGGGCGGAGUCCCGAUAAUCCUGAGUUAAUUGCUACACAAAUCAUGUAACAAUCUUAACCAUCUUACUAACAGAAGCUGGGACAUAAUGUUCUAAUUCCAGGUCAUAAACAAUUUUAUUGUUGGGGGCCAGCAUUCCUUCAAA